AUGCCACAAGACCCCUACCUUUACGGCCAGCCCCGAAAAAAGCAAAAAAGAGAACUCGAAGUCUCCAGCUCCCUAGCCUUCACAGCCCAGCUCAACUCCCUCCUCGCCGCCUCCAGCGCUGCCAGCGACACCAACAGUACAGCCCGGGCACGUUCUUCCCGCUCUCAGUCAUCCGACCUCGCCGGCAUUAAAGUAAAACGGAAAGAUGGAGACUCCAAGGCGAAAGAUGAAUCCAGCGCUGAGGGAAAGAAGAGCAACAAGCUCAACCUCAAAUCCCCUCCAGGCUCGUCUGAACCGACCGAGGCCGAGCGCGAACUGAUCCAGCGCAAGCUGGAAUCUAAAGCCCGCCUCUACGCUGCCAUGCAGCGAGGCGACUACAUCGGGAAAGAAAUCGGCCUGGUCGACUUCGACCGCAAAUGGGCUGAGCAGCAGGAAGCGAAAGAGAAGGGAGAAGUUUCGUCAUCCUCUGACUCGGACUCCGACCUCGACGUCGAAGACUCCAACAUCGACACCGAGCUCGUCGAAUGGGAAGACGAAUUCGGCCGUCUCCGCCGCACCACCCGCGCCGAGAAACUCCGCUACGAGCGCCGUCUGGCGCGAGGCCUCGCCUCCGCUGCCGAGCUCGAAACCAUGUCCGCGCGGCCGAAGGCCCCGUCUCAAGUAAUCUACGGCGACACGGUGCAAACGGAGGCCUUUGUGGCGCGCGACUUCGAGAAGAUGGAGGAACUCGCACGCAAGCGCGACCGGAGUCCGACGCCUCCUCCGGCGGUGCAUUAUGAUGCAGACAAGGAAAUUCGUACCAGGGGAGUCGGGUUUUAUAAGUUCAGCAGUGAGGAGGAAAAGAGGCAGGCGGAGAUGAAGGCGUUGGAAGAGGAGAGGGAAAGGACGGAGCAGGUGAGAAGGGAGAGGGAGGAUCGGUUGGCGAAACGACGCAAGGAGAUUGAAGAAAGGAGGAGGGAGAUUGCGGAGAGAAGGGCCAGGAAGAUGGCAGAGAGCUUUUUGGAGGGGUUGGGGAGGGAUUUGGAGAUGAAGGGGGCGAGCACGACUGCUGGAGACGAAGAAAAAUUACAGGGAGAGGAGAGUAAGGAGAGAAGUGGUAAGGAUGAGGACAGGAAGGACUAA